CGUUCCCGUCAUUUCACCAGUUGUCUCCGGCUGCACGUGACUUUUCGCGAUGUUUUGAGUCGGCCUGAUGUUCGUCCGUCUCUGGCAUUCACCACAUUGCGACCCGGCGCCCCCCCGACCAACUCAUUCCCGCGCUCCUCGGUGUCUCCACGCCCUGAAACUGUCCAUUGUCAUCACCAUCGAGCCCUUCAAACCUCCCACUCUACGCGUUCUUCGCCCUUCACUGAAUAACUUUUCGCAGCAAUGGAUACCCUCAGCGGUCUGUUCAUCUAAAUGCCUCCCAUGUCGUCACCACCAGCCCACACUUUCUGCGAACCUACGAUCCGAAGCCAAGGGGCCUCACCCCACAGCGUCUCCCUUUCUCUCAUCCUCCUGCCUCCGUCCUCCUCGAACCCCCUAACCGAUCCUCUCUCUACGCCCCCGUCGACUCGCUCCUCGCUCAGAACUCCUCAUCACCAUUCCGGCCCAUGAAUAUGGACGAGCCGGGCUGCUCUUGGCCGUUCUGGAAGUUUGGGAUGAAGAGAGACGACCUCUCCACCAAACUGCAGGAUGAAUACAACACUAUCCCGUCCAACAUUCAGGACCCUGAAGCCUUCCAUCACGACGUCUACGAGAUCUCCCGCAUCGCUGAUACUGCCGACGAGUUCCACCGUAUGAUGGCCGACCGCAAGGAACAGCGUCUCAAGGAACUCAACGCGUCGCUCGAUCUCGCUGCUGUCGAGAUCAUCGCCAACCCUAAGCUAGUCGGCACCGGCCAGUGGUCCUACGCUUUGCAGCUCUUUCGAACACGCUCGCUCGACUCUCUCGUGCGACUGUUCUCGAGCUACCUGCCCGACGAUUACUCCUGCACGCAAGGCUACUACGCGACCUCGUCGAGCGGCGCCUCCUUCAGCGAUCGCUGCAGCUCCCGCACCGCUAGCACGAAUCUGAGCAGCCUCGACGACGUCGACGGUCCCUGCUUCUUUAACGAUGAUGACGAAAAGCCCGUUAUGACGCAUGAACCUUUACAUAUCUCGACCUCCAUAUCUUCCUCCGCCAUCACCACGGAGCUCCCCCCUUCUCCUCGCUCCAUGACGAUGCAGUCCGACACGUCUACGUCGUCGCCCAUUGAUCACGAGCGUGACUACGUACUCCACACCCUGACCCCUGCGCGCACCUUAUCGUUCUCUGGUUCCGAAUCCGGCCGGUUUCAAGGGCGACGUCUUCAGUGUCUCGAACAUGACGACGAGGACGACGACGAGGAAGAAGACACCUCGCAGUCCGAAGAUCCAGAUUCCCUGACGACGUCGGUGUCAGAUCUGGACGAGCAUCGUCUGACGCGCGAAUCUACCGUGGACGAGGAGCAACCUAACGAAUACACCGAAAGCGCCAUCGAGGAUGACGAUUGCGAAGACGAGUUUCCCACGACCCAGCUUCCCUUCGACCUUUUUGAUGAUGACGUGAUGGAGUCUUCAGAAACCCCAACCCCUAAACAGGAAACAACAACACCAAUGACAAUAACAACAACAACUUCGGCAGCGGCGUCUUACCUUGACAGCAAAUCUUCUUUUCGUUCGAUACCCCCAUCCUUUCGCGCAUCCUCACCAAAGAUACCCCAUCUCCGCCGUCGCGACGCCAGCCCCGCGAAGAGUAGCAUCAGCAGCAGUACCAUGAGUAGGAGGAGUCCCGAUGAAGCAGCGUGUCGUAUACAGAAGCCGCAGCCUGACGCCGUACGCGUGCGGGCCUUGGCGGCCAGGGAGCGCAGGAGGGGACUGGACUAGCAAGCAACGCAGGGCGGGCGGGCGCUGUAUAUAUGUCCAUCAAGUGUACAUACAACUGUAUCAUGAGUUCUAACCCGUCUACCCAGUUUUUUCCCUCCCAAUCCAUGACCACAAGCCAAGCCCCAGUCUGUAAAGCGAUCAUUCCGUUCCUCUGUUCCUUGUCGGGAGGUCUCCAGACGCGCUUCUUGUACCGUGAUGGAUAUGACUCCGAAGUAAGCAUGGCCACUUUUAGAAACGCUGACGUUUUCCCAGGGUGCAAAUGUUCGAGAAGAAGACGACACGCGGAUACCGAUCGCGUCGAUUCCGUACCGUUUAUCUGAUCCGUUUGGCAUUCGCCCGUAACGUGAUCUCGGUGUCGUGAUGGUCGGUUUCUCGGUAAGUCGCCCCGUCUGACCGUGUCAGGUGGGCUUGCUUGUAUCCUGCCCGGGUUCCGGUGGUGUCGAGUGACCUACCACGCCGACUAGUGUCCAUCACCUCUUCCCGCUCAUCCUUCCCAGGGGGUAUGACGUCGGUGGGAAAGGGGAAACAGUCGUUCUCGUUGCUUCUAUUUUUGGUCUGCAGAGUGGGCCAUGUGCUCGGCGAUGGUAGGUUUUUCAUUUGGAUUUUGUCAUCAGUUCUUCGUAUGAGGCUAUUCAGGGAGCCUCGCUGCCUCCCUCACCAUUUGUCUGUCACCGCCGUGACAUGACCGCCUGCUUCUCUCAUUGGCCGCUGCGUACGAUGUACACAGUACUGUUUAUGGUAUGCUGUAAGUCUUAAUCCAGGCCUGGUAUUGAGCAGGGUUAGGCCGAGUAGCUUAAUCCUUGUUAAAACGUUGACUGGCUGGUGCGCAGCCUGAGUGUACGAUGUACUUGAGCAACCAGGUACUGCUGCGGAGAUGAGUGUGGCUGCACCUACAAGUUUUGCCUGCAACCACGUUGCUAUCCGUGUCUUUUCACACUCUCUGUCUCCAAGGGACAGUUUCACGGCCCGCGUCGCGCGGCGGGUGCAUUUCGAGUACGCGCGUCAACGAUGGUUCUGUUUUCGCGCGCAGAAUUAACUCAAUCCGGCGAGGAUGAAGACCGCAGAUGUACCAUUCGAUCGAUACUGAUUGUGGGUUCCGCGGACUACGCGAUUAAGCGCAAAGUGACGACCUUUUCCUUUCAAAGUUUAAACACACGCAUGGCUAUUGCUUGGGUCGCCUUAGCCCAUUUACAUGCCAUUGGCCAUCGGGACACAUCAUGAGCAAGGCGGACAUUCGGCCUUUGGUUCUACGAGACUUUGUUCCAGAUCGCAAGGAUGUAACGAGAGAGCUGUUAUAGUUUCAAGGCUGAAUGACUGGAGGCGAUUCCCUUUGUGAAACUCGUUUGUUCCU